AUUCAUUUGUGUGGAAAUCUCAAAGAAGUUGGAUAGGCAGAAGAGAGGAUCUCUUCAUUGUUCAAGACCAAAAUGUAUAGGCCAGCACGGGUGCCAUCAACCUCAAGAUUCCUGAAUCCAUAUGUAGUGUGUUUCAUUGUUGUGGCAAGCGUGGUAAUCUUGGCGGUUACCAUAGCUCUACUCAUCUACUUUUUAGCUUUUGAUCAAAAGUCAUACUUUUACCACAGCAGCUUUCAAAUCCUAAAUGUCAAAUAUAGUAAUCAGUUAAACUCACCAGGUACACAGGAAUAUAGGACUUUGAGUGGAAGAAUUGAAUCUAUGAUCACUAAAACUUUCAAAGAAUCAAAUUUAAGAAAUCAGUUCAUCAGAGCUCAUGUUGUCAAACUGAGGCAAGAAGGUAAUGGUGUGAUAGCAGAUGUUGUCAUGAAAUUUAAAUUCACUAGAAAUAACAAUGGAGCAUCAAUGAAAAGCAGAAUUGAGUCUGUUUUACACCAAACGCUGAGUAACUCUGGAAACUUGGAAAUAAACCCUUCAACUGAGAUAACAUGCAAAACACAGCAUGCAAUUGGAAGUUAUCUGAUAAAUACUUGCUGUGGGGCCCAUCCAGACCUAAUAACUUUGUCUGAGGAGAGGAUCCUUGGAGGCACUAAGACUGAAGAAGGGGACUGGCCAUGGCAAGUCAGUCUACAGACGGGUAACAUUCACCACUGUGGAGGCAUCCUGAUCAGUAGCAUGUGGAUCCUGACAGCAGCUCACUGCUUCAGAAGCCAAUCUAAUCCUCGUCAAUGGACUGCCACCUUUGGUGUUUCAAUAACAUUUCCUAAACAGAGAAGAAGAGUAAGGACUAUUUUAAUCCAUAACAAUUAUAACCCUGCAACUCAUGAAAAUGAUAUUGCAGCUAUACAACUUGAUGAAGGCAUAAACUUUACCAAAAAUAUCCAUAGGGUGUGUCUCCCAGAGGCUACCCAGAAUAUUCCACCUGGUUCUUCUGCUUAUGUAACAGGAUGGGGAUCUCGAGAAUUUGGUGGUAACACAGUUUCAGAUCUACAGCAAGCACGGGUCAGAAUAAUAAGUAAUGAUGUAUGUAAUGCACCAACUAGUUAUAAUGGAGCUGUCUUGCCUGGAAUGCUAUGUGCUGGUCUACCUCAAGGUGGAGUGGAUGCAUGCCGGGGUGAUUCUGGCGGCCCACUAGUUCAAGAGGACUCACGGCGGCUUUGGUUCCUCGUGGGGAUAGUAAGCUGGGGGGAUCAAUGUGGUCUGCCAGAUAAACCAGGAGUGUACACUCGAGUGACAGCCUACCGCGACUGGAUAACCGAAAAAACUGGCAUCUAGCACAAUAAAUG